AUGUAUGUGCUUCGUUUUACCAUCAAAAGCUUAAGCUCCGGCGCCCUCCUUACGGUUCAAGGCAUAAUCGAUGACAACUUCAGUGCUCUCGACCAAUUCUUUCUUCAUUUUCACAGGGUCUGGGAGGCGUUAGCCGACCAGAGCUCUCCAGAGGAGGUGGUCCGCCUGUUUAGUCUCCUGUCUCGUACAGUGUGUGGGCAAACGGAGGAGGAAUUUGUGCAGGUGAUUUUCGAUUUCAUCAACGAAUGCUUCUAUAACAGGCAGAGUAUUAUUAGCGGUCUGGAAGACGUCGUGCUGGCCGCGAAUCUGGAUCCAUGA